AUGACUAUCGAUCUUGCGAGCCCUUUGGCUUAUACGCCUGCCGAGACGGCGGAACUUAUCUGUCGAGCUGGUGUGAAGAAGGGAAGAUCGAGACCAGACAAGGUGUUGCUGUCUGGUAUUUCUGGUGGAUGCAUUCUUGCCUUUGGAUGUGCUGUUUCAUUAACAGCCUUGACGGCACCAUGGUAUCAAGAGAAUGCACCAGGACUUAUCAAACUCAUCGGAGCUAUCGUAUUUCCUUUGGGCUUGGUCACUGUGAUAUUGACGGGAGCUGAUCUUUUCACAUCAACAAAUCUGUUCACCUUUGUUGCCGUCCUUAAUGGAAGAUUAUCGAUAUGGAGGAUGCUACUCCAUUGGUUCCUAUGUUUCUUCGGUAAUCUAGGUGGUUGCCUGUUUGUAAUGGCCAUCAUCGUUGGGUACGGAGGCAUCUUUGACUCAGAUCCGUACCGAGAAGAAAUCAUCGCCUUCACAACAAAGAAGCAAAUAACCCCAGAGGCCCACCAGAUCUUUCUUCGUGCUAUUGGCUGUAACUGGCUUGUUUGCCUAGCAUGUUUCCUCGGCGUACAAGCAAAAGACUUGACGUCUAAGGUGGUUGGAAUGUGGAUUCCUAUCUUUGCCUUUGUGGCUUUGGGUUUCGACCAUGUUGUUGCCAAUAUGUUCUUUAUGCCUUUGGGUAUCUGGAUGGGGACUCCUGGCUUGACCAUUGGACUUUACAUAUGGAAGGGAAUGAUUCCAGCUCUCUUUGGAAAUAUCCUUGGAGGCAGCUUAUGCUGCGGUGUGUACUUUUGGUGGAUGUAUCUUGCAGACGUUGACGACGAGGAAGAACCUCAAGGCAAAGGUGUUUUGCAUAAUCAUGGACAUGACAGUCCUUCAGAUGAGGAGAGUCAGAUGGGGUCACGAUAG